UCGUUCACCAGAUGAGCGGUUGACGGUCAAGGUCAUUAGGUAACAGCUGGUCAAACAGCUGAUAGUUCCCAGAAUGCACCGUGUUGUGUAUCUGUCGUCAUGGUUGUUAAGCUCGUGGUGUUCGUGAUUUUUGUGUCGUUAGGGGUGAAGGCCGAAGAAUGUGAAGUCCAGAACCAGUGGGGCGGCGACCCCUGUAACCUCCCAGGUGGGUUGGCUGUGGAGAGCCUCCCUAACCACCAUUCUGUCACUGGAGAGAAGUGUAAUUCAUUCUACCCAAAGGAGGAGUUCAAGAAGCAGCCCACGAUCUCGUAUUCUGGCGCAAGACAGGGUGAGAAGUACACCGUGGUUAUGGUGGAUCCCGAUGCCCCAAACCACCCCGAGGGCAAAUUCUAUUUACACUGGAUAAUAAGUAACAUCCCAGGAGACGACCUGCAGGGUGGCAAUUUGAAGGCUGGCACAGUUCUAUCACAGUAUCGGGGUCCAACGCCCCCUGACGGCACGGGAACUCACCGGUACCUGCUGCUGUUGUACCGCCAGGACCCAACGGCCAGUCUCACGUUGGGCCUGCCUGACUCUCGCCGCAGCCAGUUCGACCUGGGCGCCUGGUCCAACGGCCUGUGUGGCCCCCUCUCUGGCGUCCAAUUCCGCACCAACUUUUCUGGGAAAGAGGACUAAAGGAAGUCAAAUCUUAAAACCCCUCCCAACUUUAUUUUAUUUUGUUUUGAAAUUAAAGUCUGAGAACUUCA